AUGUUGCUAAUAAUUACUGAUGCUUUCAGUAAGUGGGUCGAGGUGAAGAUUACUAACUCAGUCAGCACUGCAGCUACGGCAAAUGUGCUUGAUGAGCUUUUUGCUGCUUACGGGGUUCCCGUUACCAUUGUUUCUGACAACGGAACUUGCUUUACUUCCGCCGAAUUCAGAAAUUAUCUCGGCAUUGUUGGUGUUAAGUAUCACAAACGAACAGCUCCUUACCAUCCAUCAAGCAACGGACAGGUGGAAAGAUACGUGCAGACCGUUAAGGAUGCCUUAAAGAAUAUGGGCACAACCAGACGCACUCUUCAGGAAAACCUCAAUGAAUUUCUCAGACAAUAUCGAAAAGCCCCACACUCAACAACGGGUCAGUCCCCUUCACAAUUGUUUUUAGGCCGUACUAUUCGUACUCGAUUGGAUCUCGUCUACCCUACGGACAUUCCAACCUCAGUUAUGGAAAAGCAAUACAUGCAAUUCACACCAACGUAUAGAACAAUUGAUAAAGGCGCAAGGGUACAGUUUUUGUCUGGAAAUCCACGAAUGGAAAAGUGGUUGUUUGGCACUAUAUUAACACGCUUAGGUGACUUGCAUUACGAAGUGGACUAUAAAGGUAAACGUGUUAAACGUCAUAUAGACCAAAUAAGGAAUACUGGUGUUCCUGAUGAAGGCGAUGUUACUAGCAGAACAACACCCAAGACACAAACCAGCACUCAAGAUCCAGGUAUUAGAAGAUUUUCCUCUAUUCAAAUGUCACCACAAGACAGGAGUGAAGUAUCUGGAAGCGACUUGAACUACUUCACACCAACCCAACUCAGCUCAUAUUCAAGAACGACAACAACGGAAGGAAGUGAGUGUCAUACUGGUAGUGAUCUAGCCAACCAAAGUCCAGGAAAGGAAGUUCAGACAAUCCAACCAAAAUGGGAAACCUGGAUCCUCUUCAUCGCAGCGGUCUAA